ACGUGGCGUAUCAUGCUUUGAGAUCAGUCAUAAGAUCGUCCUCCUCCUCGCGCGAGCGCCGCGACGACUACCCAUCCCGCUGCCGAGCGCCCCAGCCCCCUCGUUCCGUCGCUCGUCUUCCUGCUCGGGCAAGCGCCGCCGCCAGCUGCCCAAAGAUGGAUGCGAACAGGCGCCAAAGUGGAAUUCAGCAAUUGCUGGCUGCAGAACAGGAGGCUCAGCAAAUUGUAAAUGCUGCUAGGGCUGCUAAACUUGCAAGGCUUAGGCAAGCAAAAGAGGAGGCUGAGAGGGAAAUAGCUGAAUACCGUGCCCAGAUGGAGGCUGAGUUCCAGAGGAAGGUUGCAGAGAGUAGUGGUGACUCUGGCGCAAAUGUCAAACGUCUUGAGCAAGAGACGAACGAAAAAAUUGCACAACUCAAGCAGCAGGCUGCAACCAUCUCCCCCGAGGUGAUUCAAAUGCUUCUGAGGCAUGUCACCACUGUGAAGAACUAAAGCUCUCUGUGCAAUCUGUCCUGCAUACGAAUGCAAACUUUGUAUUAUCUGUUUAUUUAUUUGGGAGGUGUGAUAAGAAAUGGCAUUUGCCACUUCCAGCUGUAAUUUCUUGAUCUUUAUCUUUCAAUAAGCUGCUGCAGUUUCAGCAGCAGCCAUGUCUGAUACUACUUGCUAGACCUUUGGUGAUUGGUUGGUAUUCUUUUUCUCGAUUUC